AUGUGGCAGGUCAGAACAAAGAGGUGUGGGCAGGCCACUGGGCCAACUGGUGCCAUCAUGGCGGAGAAAGUGAACAACUUCCCACCAUUGCCCAAAUUCAUCCCGCUGAAGCCAUGUUUCUAUCAAGACUUCGAGGCAGACAUCCCUCCCCAGCAUCUCAGCAUGACCAAGCGCCUCUACUACCUCUGGAUGUUGAACAGCGUCACGCUGGCCGUGAACCUGGUGGGCUGUCUCGCAUGGCUGAUCGGAGGCGGGGGAGCCACCAACUUUGGCCUCGCCUUUCUCUGGCUCAUCCUCUUCACACCCUGCUCCUAUGUCUGCUGGUUUCGGCCCAUUUACAAGGCCUUCAAGACUGACAGCUCCUUCAGCUUCAUGGCAUUCUUCUUUACCUUCAUGGCCCAGCUGGUCAUCAGCAUCAUCCAGGCUGUGGGCAUCCCCGGCUGGGGCGUCUGUGGCUGGAUUGCUACCAUCUCCUUCUUCGGAACAAACGUUGGCUCAGCAGUGGUGAUGCUCAUUCCCACCAUUAUGUUCACAGUCAUGGCCGUCUUUUCCUUCAUUGCCCUCAGCAUGGUUCAUAAAUUCUACAGGGGCAGCGGGGGGAGUUUCAGCAAAGCCCAGGAGGAGUGGACCACAGGGGCAUGGAAGAACCCGCAUGUGCAGCAGGCAGCCCAGAAUGCAGCCAUGGGGGCGGCUCAGGGCGCCAUGAAUCAACCGCAGACCCAGUAUUCUGCCACCCCCAACUACACAUACUCCAAUGAGAUGUGA